AUGUCACGUUCUCGAUCUUUUCAUCUGCUGUUUGCGCUUGUAUCAUUCCUUCUAAUCUCGGUAGCCAUUGCUGAUAACUCAACAUGUUAUUACCCCAACGGCCACAAGGACAAGAAUUAUAAGAAAUGUCCCGGAGAUAGCUUGGCCUGCUGCUUGGAAGGAGAGUCAUGCUUGUCAAAUGGUCUAUGCUUCACUGCGAAUUUUGGAAUCCUUUAUCGAGGACUCUGCGCCGACAAAACAUGGCCGAUUUCCGAGUGUCCUCGAGUAUGCUAUGAGGAAAUUCCCGACAAGUGGGCCAACAUGUUCCAAUGCAAUACCUCACAUGCAUUAUUUACCUGCGCCCGCGACGACGUAUCUGCCGCAACCGCCUGCAAGCCGGAGAAUGCCUUGGGCACAUAUACAUACACAUCUGCCAAUGUAACUGUCGCCCAGAAUGGCAAGGAGGUUGUAAACACAACGACCUCAACAAAUGUGACAUCCAGCGAAACAUCCGCCGAGACGGGGACCCUGUCGUCGUCAGCUUCCUCGUCAAGCGCAACGUGCCCUGCAACGAUCUCCUAUAAGAACUCUCAGCUCGUCGCUAUUGGUGCUGGACUCGGAGCUGGACUUGGUAUACCACUUUUGAUCGCGGCUGGACUUGCGAUCUAUUGUGGUGGAUGGAAGCGUCGAAAGUUGGAGCAAAAGCAGGAGCAGCUACAGGCGCAACAACAACAAGUUAUGGUGGAGCCUGCUACCUAUGCCGGAGUUAACUAUAAGAGCUCUCCACCGGAGGUGCAGGGCUCUAUACCCCACCAUGAAGUAAUGGGAUCAGUGAGCCAUGGCCGCUCAGAGUUGCCUGGUUCGACAUGA